AUGAGUGACCGAGUAUUAUUAAAGGUGUAUUAUUUUGGUCAGAUUUUACUACAAACUUCGGAAGGAGUAAAAUUUAUAUGUGAAAAACCCUUAGAUGUUGUUAUUCCCUUUAUCAUCUCAUUUGAAGAGCUGAAAGGGGUGAUUUCUGAAGCCAUUGAUUCUGAGAGAGCAAGAAAGAUAUCAUGUAUUCUAUACAGAUAUCCCAUACAGGUAUUUGGUGGAUUCGUCCAGUUUCAAAGCAGAUAUGUGACGGACGAAGCGAGCAUGCAAGAGAUGUUUUCAAUGUAUAUUGAAAACCGGGCUCAGAUCUCCUUCAUCGAGUUGUAUAUUGAGUUUGAACAAUCUGAGGCCGACCGAAAUAUUCUACGAGAAGAUUAUAAUACUGACAGCGAAGAAGAGUUCGAAAGUAACUACCAGUUUGUUGGUCCAGAUGGAGAUGGAGGUGAAGAUCAAGGUGAAGGAGCUACGGCGCCAGAUGUAACAGAGGUGGCAAAUGCACUCGCAAACGAUGAGCCGUUUGAGGAGCCAUCAUUCAUGCGAGUUUUGGAUUUGGAAGCCAUGCAUGUUCCGGAGUUUCCGGGAUAUAUGACUGCAGAGAUUCCUAUUGUCGCAGAUGGUGAGUUUGCCGUUGGUAUGGAGUUCGGUUCGAGGGAAGCUGUUAUUAAGGCGAUAAAAGAGUAUACCAUACGACGAAGUGUAGACUACCGGGUGUAUGAGUCUGAGCCGUUGACAUUUUAUGCCAAGUGUACGCAGUACGGAUCAGGGUGUGAUUGGCUUAUCAGGGUUAGCAUGAUCAGCAGGAAGUACUGUUGGGUUAUAAGGAGGUAUAAUGGUAGUCACACAUGUACCCGAGCCAUGAUUUCACAGGACCAUUCGAAGCUGGAUUCUCUCACAAUUGCAGAAGCGAUAAAGCCAUUGGUUGAGGCGGACCCGUCCUUAAAGGUAAAGUCGGUUAUAGCAGAAGUGCAAUCGAAGUUUAACUACACCAUUAGUUAUCGGAAAGCAUGGCUGGCUAAGCAAAGGGCAGUAGAAAAAAUAUUUGGAGGUUGGGAAGCAUCGUAUGAAGCGUUGCCUAUAUGGUUUGAGGCCAUGUGUCAUAAGGAGCCAUCAACUGUUAUCCAUUUUGAGACUAUGCCUGCAUAUCAAGGCGAUGACUUGGUGGGUGAUAUUCGAAUACUGCAUCGAGUAUUUUGGAGUUAUUACCCCUGUAUUAGGGCAUUCAGACACUGUAAACCAGUUGUCCAGGUGGAUGGGACUCACUUGUAUGGAAAGUAUAAGGGUUGUCUGCUAGUGGCAGUUUCACAAGAUGGGAACAACAAUAUUGUCCCAAUUGCGUUUGCUGUUGUGGAGGGAGAGACUUCUGAUGCAUGGCACUUUUUCCUAAGUAACCUUCGUCAACAUGUUGUCACUCGGGAUGGUAUUGGUCUAAUAUCCGACCGACACGAAUCCAUCAAUGCAGCUGUGGAGCGCAGAUAUUCAAGGACGGUGCGGGAGUACGAACUGCGAUACCAGCGAUUGCGGGAACGGGGCGAAGCGUAUACAGACUGGUUAAACCGAAUUCCUCGCGAGCAGUAUUCUAGAUAG